UGUGCCAGAGGGCAGCCCUCGCCCCCUCCGAUCCCUCCCCCCAGCACCAUGGGGGCUCAGGACUCCGAUAGGGCCGGGAUCCCAGGACCGCUCUGAGAAUGGGGAGGCGGACUCAGGAGCAGGGGCCUAACGCGGAGACUCGGGGGCGCGGGUCGGGGCCCCUCCCCACACUUCCUCUAGGGCACGGUUCCCCGCCUGGGGUCACCGCCCCGUUCGCCGCCCCCUCGCACCUCCCCACGCCAUCCUUGGCCCCGCCCUCUCCCUCCGGGUCCCUCCUUCCCUAACCCUCGUCCCUCCCUCUCUUCUUCCUCCCGACACCUCCUCCUCCCGACUCCCUCCCGGCGCUGCUAAGUUUCUUCGUUCGACACCGCGCACAGACCCCGGGCCCGGGCCCGGCCCCGCGACCAUGCUGUGCGGCCGCUGGAGGAGCCGCCACCGGCGGCACGAGGAGCCCCCGAUGCCGGCCCAGGUCGCAGCGCCCGUCGCGCUCCCGUCCCCGCCCGCACCCCAGGACGGCGGCAACAAGAGGCCCGGGCUGCGGGCGCUGAAGAAGAUGGGCCUGACGGAGGACGAGGACGUGCGCGCCAUGCUGCGGGGCUCCCGGCUCUGCAAGAUCCGCUCGCGGACAUGGCAAAAGGAGCGGCUGUACCGGCUGCAGGAGGACGGCCUGAGCGUGUGGUUCCAGCGGCGCAUCCCGCGCGCGCCUUCGCAGCACAUCUUCUUCGUGCAGCACAUCGAGACUGUCCGCGAGGGCCACCAGUCCGAGGGACUGCGGCGCUUCGGGGGCGCCUUCGAGCCGGCGCGCUGCCUAACCAUCGCCUUCAAGGGGCGUCGCAAGAACUUGGACCUGGCGGCGCCCACGGCCGAGGAGGCGCAGCGCUGGGUGCGCGGUCUGGCCAAGCUGCGCGCGCGCCUCGAUGCCAUGAGCCAGCGCGAGCGCCUCGACCACUGGAUCCACUUCUAUCUGCAUCGAGCGGACUCCAACCAGGACAGUAAGAUGAGCUUCAAGGAGAUCAAGAACCUGCUCCGCAUGGUCAACGUGGACAUGAACGACAUGUACGCCUACUGCCUCUUCAAGGAGUGUGACCGCUCCAACAAUGAGUGGCUGGAGGGGCCUGAGAUCGAGGAGUUUCUGCGACGGCUGCUGAAACGCCCCGAGCUGGAGGAGAUCUUCCAUCGGUACUCGGGCGAGGACCGGGUGUUGAGCACCCCCGAGCUGCUGGAGUUCCUGGAGGACCAGGGUGAGGAUGGCGCCACGCUGGCCCACGCCCAGCAGCUCAUCCACACCUAUGAGCUCAACGAGACAGCCAAGCAGCACGAGCUGAUGACUCUGGAUGGCUUCAUGAUGUACCUGUUGUCGCCUGAGGGGGCUGCCCUGAACCCGGCCCACACGUGUGUGUUCCAGGACAUGAACCAGCCCCUGGCGCACUACUUCAUCUCCUCCUCCCAUAAUACCUACCUGACCGACUCUCAGAUCGGUGGGCCCAGCAGCACCGAGGCCUAUGUUAGAGCCUUUGCCCAGGGAUGCCGCUGUGUGGAGCUUGACUGCUGGGAGGGGCCAGGAGGGGAGCCGGUCAUCUACCAUGGCCACACCCUCACCUCCAAGAUCCUCUUCCGAGAUGUGAUCCAGGCAGUGCGUGACCACGCCUUCACGCUGUCUCCGUACCCCGUCAUCCUGUCCCUCGAGAACCACUGUGGGCUGGAGCAGCAGGCUGCCAUGGCCCGUCACCUGCACACCAUCCUAGGGGACAUGCUGGUGACGCAGCUGCUGGACUCCCAGAACCCUGAAGAGCUGCCGUCCCCAGAGCAGCUGAAAGGCCGGGUCCUGGUGAAGGGGAAGAAGCUGCCAGCUGCUCGGAACGAGGACGGUCGAAUUCUCUCAGACCGGGAGGAGGACAACGAAGACGAGGACGAGGAAGAGGAGGCGGGGGCCGCAGAGCAGAGGCGGCGGGCCAAGCAGAUCUCCCCGGAGCUGUCGGCCCUGGCCGUGUACUGCUGUGCCACCCGCCUGCGGCCCCUGAGCCCUGCCCCGGCCCCGCCCCAGCCCUGCCAGGUCAGCUCCCUCAGCGAGCGCAAGGCCAAGAAGCUCAUCCGAGAGGCAGGGAACAGCUUUAUCAGGCACAAUGCCUGCCAGCUGACCCGUGUCUACCCGCUGGGGCUGCGGAUGAACUCCGCCAACUACAACCCCCAGGAGAUGUGGAACUCGGGCUGUCAGCUGGUGGCCCUGAACUUCCAGACUCCAGGUUAUGAGAUGGACCUCAAUGCCGGGCGCUUCCUUAUCAAUGGGCAGUGCGGCUAUGUCCUGAAACCUGCCUGCCUGCGGCAGCCUGACACAACCUUUGACCCCGAGUGUCCUGGACCCCCCAGAACGACUUUCACCAUCCAGGUGCUGACCGCGCAGCAGCUGCCCAAGCUGAACGCCGAGAAGCCAAACUCCAUCGUGGACCCGCUGGUGCGCAUCGAGAUCCACGGGGUGCCCGCAGACUGUGCUUGCAAGGAGACCAACUACGUGCUCAACAACGGCUUCAACCCCCGCUGGGGGCAGACCCUGCAGUUCCAGCUGCGGGUUCCGGAGCUGGUGCUGGUCCGGUUCGUGGUAGAAGAUUACGACGCCACGUCCCCCAAUGACUUCGUGGGCCAGUUUACACUGCCUCUCAGCAGCCUGAAGCAAGGAUACCGCCACAUCCACCUGCUUUCCAAGGACGGGGCCUCACUGUCACCAGCCACCCUCUUUGUCCACAUCUGCAUCCAGCGCUCCUGACGGCACAGCUGAGCCACCCUGGGUUCUGCAGGUGCCAUUCUGCAGCCCUCAGCGGAGGCCCCCUCCUCCUCUGGAGUGGAGGGGUGACGGAGGGCCAGCCCUCCAGCCUCCCACUUAGCCUGCCCGCCAGGCUCUGUUCUCAACUGGGUGCUGAGGGCCGCCUCGGCCCCUCCUGAAGAACAGGCAGUUGAUCUUUUCCCUGGGCCGUGAGAUGCCCCCGGCUCCUCGGGUGCUCAGCCCACCUGGUCGUCGUGGCCUCUGAAGAGCCAGGCCUGUUGCUGCCAGGGGACUUGGGGAGCAGGACACGUGAGCCCUCGGCCACUCUCUGCCCCGUCCCAGCCUCCUUCCCACAGGGAGUCCAGCCACCCCCCCCUUGCCCCCUCCCCAGGCGUUAGCCACCCCCUAAGGCCCUCCUUCCCCCUCCAGGCUUUCUGGGCUCCUCCCUCCAGCUCUGGAACCUGAGCGCUGCUCCCUUGUUAAAGCAAGCAGGGAGAGGGAGGCUCAGCCCUGGGGAAACCUAGGAGGAGAUUUUUAACUUGUCUUAGAAGAGCCCUGGAGAGGACAGCAGAACAAAAUAAAGAAGCAAGUUUGUUUUACCAUUGCCACCCCCUGAGCACCUCUGAGGCCACACCCACAGGCCUACGAGGAGGGACGGGACAGAGGGAGCGUCCUUUGGGCCUCUUGCCGCAUCUGGGCUCCCUGUCUAAGACAGCCAGGGGUGCUGGAGGAGCUGCCGCAGCUCAGAAUAGCCCUGACCCUUCCUCUUGGCUCAGAGCUGCUGCCAGCAUCACAAGACUGUGAGGACAGCAGUUCACAAAGCCACCCCCACAGCACGUACACCAGGGACCUUGGACGGGGAGGGGGCAGGUAGGUGGGCUUCUGCCAGCGCAGGAUUGUUACGGCCCUCAAGGGGGCGGGGACAGGCCUCUGAGGGACUCCAGACAGAGUUCCCCUUUCCAGGCUCAGCUGGGUUCGAGGCCCCUGUCUGCUCAGUAGACGAAUCCCAGAGACCUGGAGCUCUCCUUCCACCAGCCAACCAGCCUUCUAGACAAAGGCCUGGAAAGCAGCGGGCCGCCCCGGGCCCCCCUAGAGAUGCUGGGAGAGCGUGCCCGGACACCAGAAGGCAGAAUCCAGAGGAAACCUAUCAGAAACGUGACUUUCUGGGAUUAAGUGUGGAGCCCUGGCAUCUGGGGUUCCCUCAAGCAACAGCACCAACACUGAACAAGGGCUGAGCUUGAUGGCAGUUCCCGGAGGGUGGCCUGGGGCAGGGGCUGGGCUGGGCUGGGCUGUCUCCAGCUUCCCGCCAUGACCUGAUGCAGGAAGUGACAGCCUCACCCUGCUCUCGGUUUACACCGAGAGGGGCAUUUGGUUCUGAUGAAUUAGUGUGUCUGAAAGAAGACAGACUCUGAAGGGGCCCAGAUGCCCUCCCGUCCAGGAACCAUGAAGGAAUGGGCUGGGCGGCCUUGGUACACAGCACUCACGGCUGUCAGGAGAGGCAGGCGGCCAAACUGCAGCCCCACGGUUGGGGGCACGGUGAGGCCAGGUCCAGUGCUGGGGUGUGAAGGGCAACUGAGAGUCGUCCGGUCCCCGCAGGGCCUGGGCUGGGGCUCCUGUCGGGUGAACACGGGCGCCCUGGCUGAGCCCCCCACCCGGCUUCUCGUCUCUGGUUUGGUGCAGCAGAGGAAGGGUUUACUGCUAGGAGAAGAGCCCGAAGGCUGGGAAGGUGGCCUUCAAAGGGCGAGAGUCUUUAAGGCAAAAACCCUGCCAGGAACCGAUUAUGGGAGCUGGGGGCAAAGAAGAAACACAGCUGGUAAUUCUGGAGACCCCCGGGUGGAGACCACCCACAGGGCUGUGCGCUCCCAGCCCAAACCUAAGACGGGAACGAAGGCCCGAAGGCCCGCUUUCAGGAGCUGGAGUCAACUGGUCCGGGGCUGUGGAGAGACAUAAGGUGGGGGUCUAGGAGGACUGGGAAAAGGCCUCACGGAUGAUCCCAGGGGCAGAUCCUGUGUCCUCUCAGGGUGCCGCUCAGGGCCCAGCUUCCCUGGGAAGGGGCUCGGAGGCACCAGCCA